CAUUUUUGUUUGUUGUGAUUUUACAAAAAUCAACAAAAAAUCAUAAUAUUAAAGCCGUCUUUUCUCGUCUCGUUUCAUGAAACGAAAUUUGAAGUUUUCUCUAAGGACUUAGACACUCAUACAACAAAAGAAUGAAAUAAAAUUAGUUGACAUUCUGUGUUAGUUUUCUUGAUAUAAUCGGCUAUAUCUAAUUCAAAAAAUGGGCUCUGAACAGAGUUCACAAUCAAACGCUUCGGAAAACGGAUCAAAGUCGAAAAAUGUGAAAUUAAAACGAGGAAAGUCGGUGCCUGAAAGCUCUUGGCCGCGUAACUCGCAAGACGGACAGCAGAGCAAGGCAGCCAGCACGAACACUUCACCUGGCCACAGUGUUUGUAGCGAUAACGAUUUGCCAUAUGUGUCGUACACUAUUAACAGACCGAUUGGAGAUUCGCCAAAGAAGCCCAAUAUAAUGACCAGAGGUCGUUCCGUACAAGUCGAAUCGAAGCGUGUUGUUAAGAAAACAACUAAAGCCACACCUAAACACAACAUUGUAGUUGUGAGAGCUGCUGUGCAAGAUGACCAAGACAUGGACGAGGAUCUAUUCAGACUCAAACAAGUGCCUAACUUUUUACCAAUAAUACGAGGCACAGUAUCUUUACCAGCAGCCAGAGACAGAGAGGCAUUAGAGCGAGUCGACUCAACGUCAUUUUAUAGACUUUGUCUUAAAUAUCAAUCGCACCUGAAUAUAUGCGCCAAAGCUGUGUCUUCAGAUCAGGCAUUACUGAACAGAAAAAUAUCAGAACUCGAUGAAGAGACAACCCGAAUUUUGUCUCUACACACAGCAAACUACAAACAUUACUCCAAAGUUAUCGAACAGUUCAAAAGCAUCAAGGAUAUGAACAAACAGCUCAACGCUUGCCAUUUGUUAUUAAACCAAACGCUAGACUCUGUGCAGCUGUUAAAUAACAAAUUGCCACCCGAUGAACGUUUAGAACCGUUUGUAUGGACUACGGGUUAAGGCCAAACUAUAACUAUAUUACCCAUAAAAUAGUCAACACACAAUUUUUUUAAUUUUAUUUUAUGUAUUAUUUUUUUGUCGUUAACUAACUCAUUUGUAUUAAAACAUUAUCUCAUUGUUCGAAUUGAAA